AUGGAGAAUCUCAAUCAGAAACUGAAAAUCGUCUUGCAAGUCAGAGAGAAUACGCGUCGCAAUCGCGUGGUAAGAGAGUCAAGUAUCGAGCGUUCACAGCGGCUUGAAGAACAAAAUAUUAGAAAUGUACAAGCUCGCGCUAGGGAAUCGAGCUCUGAACGUUCCGAGCGCCUUCAAAAUCAGAGCGAAAGACAACAGACGUCAACGGCUAGAGUUCGCAAUCGAGUUUUAGCUCAUAGUAACAGAUCGGCUUUCACAUACGAUCCACAGAAUGAUUAUGCUCAACAGUCUUCUGUCCAAAUCAGAGCCAUGAAUAAGAUCUGCUCUAAAUGUUCUGCCAAAAAAUGGGCCGAUGAACCUAAUGGUUUGUGCUGUGCUUCUGGAAAAACAGCACACCUGGGCAGAUAUAAUGCUCCAGCUGUAAACGAGGUAGCCGUUCUUUUGGUAGAUGAAGAAAAAGGUCCCAGAGAUAUCGUGCUGCAUGGUAGUGACGGCCAACUUAAAAGGGUCUCUGAAUUACACAGAUCUUACGAUCCUCUCCAAUAUCCAUUGAUGUUUGUAAUGGAAGAAGACGGCUAUUAUUUGACCAUUCCUCAAGAAGGUACUACCCGUAAUAAAACUGUGACCUGUAUGCAAUUUUAUGCAUUUAGAUUGACGGUUAGAGAUGGUUUUAAUCCACUACAUUACUACAGGAACUUAUUUAGCCAAUAUACUGUCGAUAUGAUGGCAAAAAUUAUUUCGGAACGAUUAAAUUACAUAUGCCGUAAUCAACAGAGACUGAGGGCUGAAGAAUAUAUUCACCUCAGAGACACUUUAAACCAAGACGCAAAUGUUGACCCAUCAAACAUCGGUCAGCGCGUUAUCUUGCCGUCUUCAUUCACAGGUUCUCCGCAUUAUCUACACGAAAAAACGCAAGAUGCGAUGACUUAUGUCCGCAACUACGGGACACCAGACUUAUUUGUUACUUUUACGUGUAACCCCGAAUGGCCUGAAAUUAAAGCGGAACUAUUAACUGGACAACGGUCUUUCGAUCGUCAUGACAUAAUUUCAAGGGUAUUUCAUUUAAAGAUGAAAAAAUUCAUAAAAUUAUUCACAAAAGAUGAAAUAUUCGGCAAAGUGAAAUGUUACAUGGCAAGUGUGGAGUGGCAGAAGCGGGGUUUACCUCACUGUCAUUUGCUGUUUUGGCUAGAAAGAAAAAUACAGCCUGACGAAAUUGAUAGUUUCAUAGUUGCAGAGCUGCCCAACCAACAAAACGACCCGAAAUUGUACGAUAUCGUGACUAAAAAUAUGGUGCACGGUCCAUGCGGAGAGCAUAACUUAACAGCACCAUGUAUGAAAAACGGUAUCUGCACAAAAAAGUACCCUCGACGAAACGUCGAGGAUACCCAUACCGGAGAGGAUGGAUAUCCAGUUUAUCAUCGUCGUGACGCCGAAAAUGGAGGCCAGAGCGCUACGUUAAAUAUCAGAGGGAGUACUUUCAAUAUUGAUAAUAGGUGGAUUGUCCCUUAUUCUCCAUUAUUGUGUAGGACGUUUAACGCGCACAUAAAUGUCGAGUACUGCCACUCAGUUCAAGCCAUCAAAUACAUUUGUAAAUAUAUAAAUAAAGGAUCUGACCAAGCUACUUUUAGCGUCAAAAACCCAAACGAUGAGGUGGAAAACUAUGUAAAUGGCCGGUACAUAAGUACAUCCGAAGCUGUUUGGCAAAUUUUGGAAUUUUCUAUUCACGAGCGACAUCCUACAGUUUUGCAGUUAGCCGUCCACUUAUAA